UAACUAGUUGUUUUAUUAACUAACUAACUUUCUCUUUCUUUUUCUUUCUUUAUGGCCUAUUUGGCAACAAUUUUCUGCUGAGAAAAUAACACCUGAUUUGUCCUUUCAUCUUGGUACAGUUUGUUGACUUUUUAAACGGGCAAGGAUGGAAGAUUUGCUUGAGACCAGUUAAGACCAGCAGUCUGGUUUAUUAUAUUUUCCCCCAGCAGGGCAUUUUUGUUAUCUUCAAAAUGAAAUGUGAAAUUGUAUUAUUAUUGCGAAAGGUGCACAUGUGUAUGACUUUAAGACGUGCGAGAUAAGGUUUCUGUUUUUAGCACUAGACUCCCAUGAUUAAAAAUAGCGUGCCAGCCCUCAAACUCCCCCUACAGACGCUCGAAUCCAUUCGCGCCCCAAUACUGAACUAAAGCAAGAGAAGAAAAGUUUUAUCUCAGCCGUUACACUGACAAUCACGCUGUUAAACGACCCAACUUUCUGAGCAAACAAACUCUAGAUCAUUUACAGCCAUUUUGGCAGCUCCUCAGAGGCGACACGUGUGUCAUGAAAACGCGUUUGCGCUCUCAGCACCGGUGACUACAGUCUUUCACAGUACAGCACUAGGAAGAGUGCAAAAAGACGGAUGUAAGGCAAUGAACCGAGUUGUGAACGACACGAAGUAGCGUUGCCGUUUUUUGGUUAGAGUCAGAAACGUACUUUUUUUUAUGCCUUUUUUGAAGGAAUAAUUCUCCUAAGGAUCGGUUCUCACGCGUAAAGAGCGUGUUUCUCAGAAGGAUUUAUUAAAGGUUACCAAUGGGGUCUCAAGGGCCAGGACGUAAAAGAACCCCCAGCAAAAAUGGGUUGACUGCUGAGGAAGAUGCCCUCAACGUAAUCGCAAAAGAGGCUGAAGCCCGUUUGGCAGCUAAGAGGGCGGCCCGUGCAGAAGCUCGUGAGAUCAGAAUGAGAGAACUGGAGAGACAACAGAAAGAGAUUUAUCAGGUGCAGAAGAAAUACUAUGGACUGGAUAACUUGGACAACAAAUGGGGGGACAUUGAGCAGUGGAUGGAGGACAGUGAGCGAUAUACACGUGUCUCACGGAGACAUGCUUCGGUGUCAGAUGAUGAAGAACGGAUGUCAGUGGGGAGCAGGAGCAACAUACGGUUGGAUUUGGAUGCGGCGGGUGCUUACGGCGGGCUUCCCCAGGCCUCCUCCUAUCACUCACAUAAGAAGUCCAAGAAAAAGAAGAAACAUUCUUCCAAAACCAGCAAUGGCUAUGACGAUGAUCUCAGCCCAUUGUCUAGUCGGAGCUCCAGAAUCAGUGAUGAGAGCAAAAUAUCUCGCUCCUCUAGACUUGAUCGGCAGUCGAAAGCCUGCUAUUCAUCUGAGCUGUACAGCAGCAGUAGUUAUUCCUCUAAACAUCAAGCCCCUUCCUACAAUGGCUACCAGUUGUCUUUGCUGCACAGCAGGAAGCACAGGGGCUCUGUAUAUGAGGACAGUCUCUACAGUGGCUCUCGACGCUCCUGUGCUCGUGCUUCAUCUGAAUACAGUGGUUUCCUGGGCUCUAGCUCUAGGACUUCGUCCAGAGCAAAUUCUGCAUCUGGAAGUCCAGUGGAGGACUGCAGCAGCUCAGUGGCUAGUUUUAUGCGAAGCUCAGCUAGUAUCAGUGCCCUCUCUAAAGACCUUGACCGUGUGGUCAUUCCUGACCUGCCAAGCGUUAAUGGGAGGUUGUCUAUGGCUGAUGACCGGUUAGAGCGAGACUACUUGGAAAAGGGAUCUUCACGAUCAUCGACUAUUUCUGGUGCCACUCUUACCUCUCUGGGUGGGACGUCCUCACGGAGAGGAAGUGGAGAUACAUCCAUCUCUGCCGACACAGAAGCAUCCAUAAGGGAAAUCAAGGAGAUCCAUGAACUUAAGGAUCAGAUUCAAGAUGUGGAGGCAAAGCACAUGCAGAACCUCAAAGAGCUCAAGGAUUCUCUUUUGGAAGUGGAGGAAAAGUACCGUAAGGCCAUGGUCUCCAAUGCACAGCUGGACAAUGAGAAGACCAAUAUGAUGUAUGAAGUGGACACUUUGAAAGACUCUUUAAUGGAACUGGAGGAGAUGCUCUUUGAAACACGCCGUGAGCUUGAGGAAAAGUGUAAGGACCUUGAACGAGAGAAGCAUGCUCAUAGCAUCUUGCAGUUUCAGUUCAGUGAACUGAAGGAGACGCUGAAACAGAGUGAAGAACUGCUCACUGAGAUCCGUCAAUUACGGCUCAAGCAAGACGGCUAUGUUAGGGAGAUUUCUGACCUCCAGGAAACUAUUGAGUGGAAGAAUAAAAAAAUUGGGGCAUUAGAAAGGCAGAAGGAAUUUUCUGAUGCCAUUCGAAAUGAGCGGGAUGAGCUUAGAGAUGAGGUUGUUCAGCUCAAAGAUAUUUUGAAGAAACAUGGCAUUGUCCUUGGACCCGACUUAGCCACCAAUGGAGAAACAGAGGAAGAAGUUGGAACGGCUGAUCAGAAUUCUCAAACUGCAUCAGCUGAAAUCCGAGAGGGGAGUAGUGUACUAGGCACUCGUCAGUUGAAGGUGUGUAAAGACCAGCAACAAAAAGAUUUGGAUGAUGGGCUGUCAGGGAAUCAGCAGUUUCCACAUGCCCCAUUCAGUUCUACAAACGCACCUUUAGAAGCAAGUGAGAAUGGAGACCAUGGGAACCAAAUGAAUCAGGCCGUAGAGCAGCUUGAGAAUAGACCUGAACAACCUGCAAGUUCUGUUGGUGAUGAUGAACUCACUGCAACAAGACCCAAGGAAGAGAUCAAAUCUGAGGCACAUAUAACAGAAGAUUCAAGAGGUAAUACAGUGGAAUUAGAGUGCAUUGUUCACAAGGAUGGACAUUUGGAGACAGAUCAACAAGAGAGUGAAUGUGUCAAACCUAGUCAGGUCAUCAAAGAAGAAGCUCCUUUAGAGUCUGUCUCUGGUUCUGUCCAUGCUGAACCUGAUAAACCCGGUGAAACUGUGCUUGAUGAUAAACUCAAAGAGGAGCCUGUAGAAUCAUCUCAAACAGAGAAGCUUGCCAAAACCCAAGGUGCCAGUGCUUCAAAUAAAAAGAAGAAAAAGAAGAAGAAAAGCAAGCAGAAGCAGAAACAGAGUGACAAGCAAGAUAAUGACACAAAGAUAGAUGACAAGAAUGAAACAGUUUGUAGUGAAGACAAUCCAAACCAAAAAACGGAAGGUGAUCUAGAAGGAAACCAUCAGGAGCCCUUAGGAUAUGAUAUAUCCGAAACAAUGAUGAAUACAGAUGUCCCACAUGAUGCUAAAAGAACCAGUGAAUUGGAUGGUAUCAAAACAACAAGCACAAAUAUAAAUGCUGAUGAUGUUCAAGAUAAUAUUCUGUUAGUUACAGAUGAAGCUGAUUUAGCAGGAAUUUCUAAAACAAUCUCAAAUUUUGAUUGCCCUGAAUCUAGCAAUGGCAUCCUUUCAGAUAAUCUAUCCAGCAAUGUUAUCUCUAACCCCGCAAACAUUAUUGAUAAACACACUGAGGAUUCAACAAAUCCUGACUCUGAAGCUGUAGUCUUUAGCUGUGAGCUUUUAUCUACAGAAACGGAGACUUCACUGCCUCAUGUACCAUCUGCUCAGUCCAUGGAUGCUGUUGAAGGGGUUGUUGAGUCCACCAGCUGCUCUGAUAACAUUGAGAAAUAUUCAUCGGUAGAUAUGAAGGAAGUGAAAAGUCAUCUGAACUGUGAAGUGGAAGAACAGGAAGAAAAUGUCCAGAACAUUGAUCUAGAUGGGACCACUAACCCUGAGGAUCAAGAUGACUCUGCUCAUCCCUCUUCCCCUGUAAUGGAGAAGGUGGAAAAUGAAGCUGAAAGGGUAAUCCAGGAACAACCUAUUGAUCAGCCAAUGGAAAACCAACUUCAAGACAGUAUUGGAGCAGAAUUGGACCAGGAAGAGGUUGAGAGACGACAUGAAUUGGAUAAAGAAAACCUUAAAGCGCCUACUGAAAAAGUGUCUGAUACUCAAGACAGUAUUGGAGCAGAAUUGGAGCAGGAAGAGGUUGAGAGACAAGAUGAUCUGGAUGAAGAAAACCUUAAAGCGCCUACUGAAAAAGUGUCUGAUACUCAAGACAGUAUUGGAGCAGAAUUGGAGCAGGAAGAGGUUGAGAGACAAGAUGAUCUGGAUGAAGAAAACCUUAAAGCGCCUACUGAAAAAGUGUCUGAUACUCAAGACAGUAUUGGAGCAGAAUUGGAGCAGGAAGAGGUUGAGAGACAAGAUGAUCUGGAUGAAGAAAACCUUAAGCGCCUACUGAAAAAGUGUCUGAUACUCAAGACAGUAUUGGAGCAGAAUUGGAGCAGGAAGCGGUUGAGAGACCAGAUGAUCUGGAUGAAGAAAACCUUAACGUGCCUACUGAAAAAGUGUCUGAUACUAAAGAUAUUAUUGGUGCAGAAUUGGACCAGGAAGGGUUGAGAGACAAGAUGAUCUCGAUGAAGAAAACCUUAACGUGCCUACUGAAAAAGUGUCUGAUACUAAAGAUAUUAUUGGUGCAGAAUUGGACCAGGAAGAGGUUGAGAGACAAGAUGAUCUGGAUAAAGAAAACCUUAACGUGCCUACUGAAAACGUGUCUGAUGGAAGCCAUGUUGACAACACUCCUUUAAUUGAAACACAGGUUCAGGUUGUGCAUGAUGAUCACCUGUCUCCCAAUGAAGCAAUUAAGGAAUCGGUUGGAGAGUCAGAUUAUUCUGACCAAGAACCCAAGGUAGAAAAAGAUGAGGAGGAAAGAUCAAUCCAGAAUCAGCUUGAAGUGCAACUGCCUGAAGAUGAAGAAAACCUGGUAAAGUCAGAUGUGGCUGCUCAAGAGCUCAAGGAAGAAGAUGAGGAAGAGGAAGAUGAAGGAGAAUCAUUCGAUUUUGAUGAAAUGGAUCUCGAAGCAUCAUCAGAUGCCCCUCUAAAAAACUUUCUAGAUCAGCCAAAAGAGAAAGGUACUCUUUUCAAAGAUGAUGUCCAAGAAGCAAGCCAGGAAUACCAAAGCAAUGUCACUGAAGAGGACCAAAUUCAAAAAGAACAUCAUCUAGAACUUGCAAAUCAGGAAUCAAAGCCAAAAGAGCAGAAAGAUGAUGGACAUGACACAGAAAACCCACAAACAACAACAGUUAUAGAAGGAUGUUUGAAAGAGGACAGCCAAAUCAGCAGUGAAGUCAAACCUAAUGCUCAGCAGCACGAUACUUCUGGAAAUAAAGAAGAUGCAUUUGAGGAGCAUCAGCAGGCAUCAGAAGACGUGAUGCUCAGUGAAGGAGUUAAUGAGAUGGAGACAAGAAAUGUAGGCCAAGAGAUGAAUAGUUCCAUUCAAUACGAAAACAAGGUGUCAAGUAUUUCAGGAGAUCAGGAAGUUGAGAAGGAAACCACAGAAAGAAACAAGGAAGAAGAAAGAAAAGAAUCUAAAAAAAGUGGAAAAGGGAAAGGGAAGGGCAAGGGAAAAGAAGAAUGUAAAAUGUCUUAAUAGACAAGGACAUUGCUGAGUCUCUUCUCAGCAUCUUCAAUUGAAAAAGUAAUUUGCACUUAUCUAGGUCCUAAUGAAAUUAUUUUGGGACCAUUACUUCAGAGAACCCUAAAAUAACCAAAGAUAUCUUGCAGUCGAUCACAAUUAUCAGUCAUUGCAUCUUUUUCAGCAAACAUUUUAUACAUGUUUUACACCUGAUUAACAAUACAGAAUGAACACUUGAAAUGAGUUCAAACGGUAUUUAAAAUCCCCAAACCAAUUACACAUUAAAUGCUAUCAGUAAUGGGUAUAAAGUGUCAUAUUUAUUAUGAAGUUUUUCAUGAGCAUGAAUAAAAUGUUUCUCAUACUAUGAGUAAUACAAAUUAUCAGCUUUCUGUCUUUGUCAUGUUUAGCAACUUCUUAAUUACAAUGUUUUCGGUAACAAAGGACCUGUAAUGUAUUUUGUUUAAAUGGGUGUUAUGUUGUUUAAAAUUGUGGUAAAUAAGAAAUAUUAUUUUGUGUCAAAUUUAUUAAACAUUCCUCAAAGGAUUUGACUGGAGCUUUGAAGUUACAUUUUGUUUUUACAACAUAUUUGUUGGGAGAUACGAUUGUAAAAAAAUGGAAAUAUUUUAUUCUGUUUGGUGAAGAUGGUGUUGGAACAUCGAGACAUAGUGUUUAUGUGAACCAUGUAUUUUAAAAUAAAACUUAAGCAAUUAAAAGUA